GUUUGCACUUUCUCCGUCUCAGGCGGCUUACCGGUUGUCUCUAGCCACUUUAGUACUGAGUCCGCCGUCUUCCGCCCAUCCAAUCCAAAUCAACGGGAAAUGCAGCCUCUAUUACUUAUCUCGGAGGAAUCUCAAUUUUUUCUACGGAUACUGAACGGCAGUUUUCAAACCAUAGAUAUCAUCAAAGACCGCAUUUUUCACGAUUUUGCCAAUUUAUUCUGCUCGAAAGCGAAUUUGGAUGUUAUUGACAUGAGACAAGAAAAUGUAAUGCAUAGUAUGAACCGGGACGAGCUGAGAUUUAAAGAUUGGUCGUCUAAGGGGAACAAUUCGAAUCGAGAAGAUGAUUCGACAGAGGGCUUCAGUGUGUUGGAUACGAUGUUAAAGCGUAGUUUGGAUCGUCUUAAGAGUAUGAGGGAAAGAAUAUCGUCGGCUGAAGCAGGCAUUAGUUACUGCAACUUGGAAAUAAAUUUCAAUAAAGAUGUAUAUAUUAUUAGAGCUAUGUGUCUGGAUGGUCAACUUGGAUCAGCUUUAUCGCUUUGGUGGAGCCUGAUACAGAAUGGUAUUGUUCCUGAUGUUAUCACACACAAUUAUCUCAUCAAUGGACUGUGCAAAAAUGGUGAGUUAGAGAAGGCAGAAUGGAUUGUUAGAGGUAUGUUAUAUAGGGGUCCUUCUCCCACUUGUUCUGCGUUUAACUCUUUAAUAAGGGGUUAUUGCCUGAUGAAUGAUGUUGAUAAUGCUCUAAACACCUUUUCUACCAUGGCCAACCAUGGAAUUGUACCAAACAGAGUAACUUGUAACAUCCUUGGUCAUGCGCUUUGUAAGAAGGGGUUGUUGGAGGAAGCAAAAAAUCUUUUCCAUAAAUUAUUAAGCAAAACUCAUGAUGGGGGGAGCUCAGAUUUGAUUGCAUCAACCAUAAUGAUGGAUGGCUGCUUUAAAAAUGGAGAUACUGAUCAAGCUCUUUAUUUUUGGGAGAGGAUGUUAUUAGAGCGUAACCAAGUUGAUAAAGUUUCUUACAAUGUUGUUGUCCAUGGAUUCUGUUUGAGCCAUGACCUGGGCACUGCAUAUAAGUAUUGCUGUGAAAUGUUAAAGCUUGGUUUCGUUCCAGAUGUUUAUUCUUACAACACUCUCGUUGGAGCACUCUGUAGACAAGGAAAGAUCAGUGAUGCUUGUUAUAUCUACGAUGUUAUGACUAGAAUGGAUGUCAUCCCAGAUCAAAUCACGUACAAAAUGAUAAUGCAGGGCCUAUGUAAUAACAGGGAGAUAGAUAGAGCCAAUUAUUUUCUUGAUUACAUGUUAGAGAAUUCCAUUAUACCUGAACCACUUGUUUGGAAUGUUAUAAUUAAUGGUUAUGGAAGAUGUGGAGAUAUACAAAAAGCUUCAUAUAUUAGAGAAAAAAUGGUUGCAUUUGGUGUUCUACCAAACAUAUAUACAUAUAAUGCAUUAAUUUAUGCUCACAUAAAGUCAGGAAAUCUUUCUGCAGCUCUGUCCUUGGAGAAGGAGAUGCUUUUGUAUGGUCUUACCCCUGAUUCAGUCACUUACAAUCUGUUGAUUGGUGCUGCUUGUGAUUUUGGCCAGAUUCACUCAGCACUUCAACUACAUGAUAAAAUGUUGAGAAAAGGUUGUCAGCCAGAUGUAAUUACUUAUACGGAACUACUUAAGUUGUUUUGUUUUCAAGGUAUGAUGAGAGAGGCAGACAAGCUCUUUGGCAAGUUAAUGACAUCUGGUUUAGCAGUUGAUCAUGUUCCCUUUCUGAUACUCAUGAAAAGAUACUGCAGAAUGGGAGAAUUUAAUAAAGUCUUUGACCUUCACCAAAAGUGGUUAGUGACAAUGCCUAGAUGACAUCUGGUUUAGCAGUUGAUCAUGUUCCCUUUAUGAUACUCAUGAAAAGAUACUGCAGAAUGGGAGAAUUUAAUAAAGUCUUUGACCUUCACCAAAAGUGGUUAGUGACAAUGCCUAGAUGAGAUGUUUCCUCAAGAAUUAUUGUGAAGUUAAGGGCGACUCUAAAUGUAUAUUCCAGAAGAGAAAGCUACUCAGGCUUCUGCACUUGAUUGGCUUACAGAUUUUAGGUCCAGAAACAUUGGCCUCAUAGCAGCAGCUGUCUUUGUCUCCCCGAGGUAUAAUUAGUUGCUGUCACCUUUGCACUGCAUGUUGGAUUUCCUUCACCACAUGUGAGAUUGAAUCUGGAAAACUCUGACAUGGUCUGCAUCUGCUUCCAAGGUUUGGCGUAGGAGAACUUUCUGAUGACAGUCCUGAUGAUUUUGAAGGCUUAGAUGCUUCGGUUUCACAUGUCUCGAACUUGUUAUCAACUGAACGUGCUAUGCAGCAACUUGCUUUGCCUAUGGAAAUAUGGAAAUGGCAACCCGUACCCUGUCAACUUAACGGCUAUUGUACGUCUAAGAGGAACUUGAAGAGAAAUUGCUGGAUCACAUGAGGUCUCAAGUUGGGCUGUAUCUUUGCCAAUUCUACUCUAUCAUGGAAUGUCUUAGAUACUGAAUUUGUGCCAAGAGAAGCAAUUGAUGGCUGCAAUUGAUAAGUUCGCCAAAAGUAUUUGACAAAUAUACGACUUCGAAUCACCGAGAAAAACAGAUAGUUACGAUCUCAUGUUGUUGCCUUCAGCAAUGCAGGCCUUUCUUCACAAAGAGAAAACAUACAGCCACAACACUUGCUCGUCAUCUCUUUGACAUGUGAACAUGAACAUAUUAAAACAUUUGGGAAUGUAAGAUGAAGAGUUGUAGUUAGACAUUCGGGAAUGCAAGUGCAAGAGUUGUCUGUGGUAAUUGCAUUUCGUCUCUAUUCUCGAAGGCUUCGACAAUAUGAGUGUUCUAUUGAUGAUACGAACACUUUUAACAGAGCUGGAGCUGAGCUACUCACUUGCUCCAAACUUACUGAGCAUUGCUUGUUGCUAUGUACUUAAACAAAUUGAAGACUUAUUGAGCAUUGCUUGUUGCUAUGGACUAUGAGAGAUGUUGCUAUUCUGAAGAGGCCAAGUGUUUCCCAAAUUAUAUGGAGAAGUCGUGAUUUGAAACAUUGUGUGUAUAGAGAUAUAUUUGGAUUUUCUUUUCAUUUCUUAUUUCUUUGGACAUAAAGGUGUAUCUAGAAUAUGUUGACUUGUGAUGUUACUUGACAUUUUUGUUAUUUAAUUGAUGCUUCUUAUUAUAUAUAUAAUUACGAUUGGUUGGCUUUUA